AUGAUCCCCAGACGAAUAGCAAGACCGUUGUUGCGCGGGCAUGUGUUGCUGAGUGUAGGGGUAAGAGCCUUGCCUCCGAGACUAAUCCGGAGUCAAACAACCACUCUGUCGGAAUCAGUUGAGCCGUCAAACACGCCCAUUCAUCCGUCGAAAACAGCUGCCAAAAGAGUGGAGAACCACAAGUUGAGAGACAUUACCAAGCAAAUCCAGGAGACAAUCAGCUCGGGAACUGGUUACCACGAAAUAAAAGACAUUCUCGAGGAAGGAAUCACUUUUCUACGUGAGAUACGCAAACAGGAAAACAUCCCGGAAAUCGCCUUAUACAAUGCUUUCCUUCCCUUGAGCAUUGAGUUGUUCCAACUAGCAAAGCAGAAUGGACAAGAUCUCAACGAGGUGUUGCAGUUUCUCACCCUGCACCAGAUUGCACACCAGUACCAUUUUACCGAAGUUGCCAUAUCGCUCUUGCAGAAUAAGCCAGACCCCGCUCAGUACCACAGGGUGAUGCAACUAUGGGCCAGGUACUUGGAGUACAAAAACUCUUCACCUGUGUUUGUAGGGAUGAGCCUUAAAGACGGGGAAGCCAAGUACACUGGGUACCAUCUUCCCAACUUGAGCUACUACGCAUAUGUCAUGGCCUGCGAGGGCGAAGGACUCACCUAUUCAGAAGAGAACGCCAAAAAAUUUUCCAACAACGACACUGUGCCAGCUGUGUAUAUGUUAAAGCGGACCCUUGAAGAGGUCAAGGUGUUUUCCAAACCAGAGUUUGCGAAAUUGAAACGCGUGUUGGAUGAGUUUCGAUUAGGGCAGGUGAAUCCCAACAGUGCCAAAAUGCUUCAGAAAAUAUAUUCAUUGCGUGACAGAAGGGAGCUCGACAGUAUAUACGCCGAGAUUGUGCAAGUCUCAUCCAAGCAAGGGAUCAAGAUCGAUGAACGGGUCUUGGUUGCCAUGAUGGACCGAUACUUUUACAUUGACGAGUACGACGACGUGUUUAACAUGUUCCAAAACAUCCUCAAGUCCGGAAUCAAGCCAUCGAUUGGCGCUUGGAAUGUGGUGUUGCGCGCCACAAUCAACCCCAACAGAUUCGCGAAAGCGUCAGCAAAGCAAAAGCGUGAGUUUAUGAGUAACUUUAAAAAGAUGUUGGCCACUAUAGAAGCAAGCAAAGUGGCUUUUGACGAGGAGACUUUGGGCAGCAUUGUUAGCGCUUUUGCGAUUGCCAAUGACUUUGACUCUGCUGAACAGCAUAUUAAACAGCACCCACAACUCAACGGCAACGCGGCAAAGGAUGGUGUCUUGUGCGGCCUCGUUUUCAACCACCGGAUUGACGAUGCCGAGCACCGGAUGCGCGAGUACAUGAAAGAAGGCAACUACAAACCUAGCGCCACUGUAUUGAACAUGUUCAUGUCCCACUAUGCGCAAAAGAAAAACUACAAAGCCGUGCGUGGCAUCAACGAGUUUAUGCAAGAGCACGGCAUUCCCGAGACGGUGCAUUCGUUGACCACCUUGGUAGGCGCGUAUGUCAAUGCGCUCAUUGACAAGGGGAAAACACCGAGCUUUGAAGGGAUCUUGCACACUUUGAAAGGCGCCACCAAAAACGAGCACACUCUUUCAGCGGUGCUCAACGGGUUGGUUGACUCUGGGAACAUGGUUGCUGCUAGAGUGCUCUACAAGCACAUGAUGGAAACAAAACCCAGGUCCAGUGCCAUUCAAAGUAAGAUGUUGCAAGGGGAGUUGUCCCAUGGGGAUAUCCCGAUUGCAGUGCAAAUUUUCGAUUACUACAUCUCCAAUAUCAACAACGAUGCGCGGAUCUGGAACAUCAUGAUCAAAAAUCUUCUCACCAGAGACACGCCGCUCGCAUUAGAGUACUACAGGAGGAUGAAGAACGAUCCUGGAGUGAGACCAAACAGGUUCACCUACUACUUCAUCCUCAACUACUUACUAAGCAAACGCAACCACAAGUUGAUCUCGCUCGUUCUCGCUGACAUGGCCGAGUUGCCCGAUGCAGACUACGUGCCGGAAAUGGUCAAGAUGCUCUCCAGAGUCAGCAAGUUUGUUGAGCUCCCGCCAGCUAUAGCACAAAAAUUGCUGAAACAUGUAAAUAAUUAA